CGAGGGGAGAAGGGGUUGUCGGGAUGUGGCCGUAGGUAACAUGGAGCCCUCGGUAGGAUGAGUGUGAGCUUGCUGUUGCUGCCUGCUCCUGUCUUAGGGCCUCAACAUGUUGGUACACUUAUUUCGAGUCGGAAUCCGGGGUGGUCCAGUCCUAGGAUGGUCGCUAAAAUCCUUGCGCUUCCAGACGUUCUCGGCCACCAGGUCCUCAGAUGACUGUUUCAGCUCAUGCCUCCUCCGGGCUGUGGCCCGGCUGCGGUCACAGCUCCGGACUCAACUCCCUCGAGCCCCACCAGCUUCCCGCCGGAGCCCCUCUACCUGGUAUUGGGUUGGGGGGACCUUGGUGGUCCCUGCAGUGCUGUGGCAGCAUCCCCGUUUCUGCCUUCGAGCACUAUGUGAGGCCGAAGGGUCUCCUGGCCACCCCACACCCGGUGCCCUGGAGCUGCGCUUUAACUGGAGGCUGUUCUGGCAUUUCCUUCACCCCCACCUGCUGGCCCUGGGGGUAGCCAUUGUGUUGGCCUUGGGCGCCGCACUAGUGAAUGUGCAGAUCCCCUUGCUCCUCGGCCAGCUGGUGGAGAUCGUGGCCAAGUACAUGAGGGACCGCGUGGGGAGCUUCACUUCUGAGUCCAGUAGGCUCAGCACCCAGCUGCUCCUACUCUAUGGUGUUCAGGGGCUGCUGACCUUCGGGUACCUAGUGCUGCUGUCCCACAUCGGUGAGCGCAUGGCCAUGGACAUGCGGAAAGCCCUCUUCAGCUCCCUGCUCAGGCAAGACAUUGCUUUCUUUGAUGCCAAAAAGACAGGGCAGCUAGUGAGCCGCUUGACUACAGACGUGCAAGAGUUCAAGUCAUCCUUCAAGCUUGUCAUCUCACAGGGACUGCGCAGCUGCACCCAGGUGAUUGGUAGCCUGGUGUCCCUGUCUUUGCUGUCCCCGCGCCUUACACUGCUGCUGGCAGUCAUCACACCUGCCCUCAUGGGAGUGGGUACCAUGAUGGGUUCAGGUCUCCGAAAGUUGUCUCGCCAGUGUCAGGAGCAGGUUGCCAGGGCAACAGGUGUAGCAGACGAGGCCCUCGGCAAUGUUCGGACUGUGCGGGCCUUUGCUAUGGAGCAGAGGGAAGAGGAACGCUAUGAAGCAGAACUGGAGUCAUGCUGCUGUAAGGCAGAAGAGCUGGGCAGGGGCAUUGCCUUGUUCCAAGGGCUCUCCAACAUCGCUUUCAACUGUAUGGUCUUGGGCACCCUGUUCGUUGGGGGCUCCCUUGUGGCUGGACAGCAGCUGAAAGGGGGAGACCUCAUGUCCUUCCUGGUGGCUUCCCAGACAGUACAGAGGUCUAUGGCCAGCCUCUCUGUCCUCUUUGGUCAGGUGGUUCGUGGGCUGAGUGCAGGUGCCCGUGUCUUUGAUUACAUGGCCCUGAGCCCUUGCAUCCCAUUGACGGGGGGCUGCUACAUCCCCAGCAAGGACCUCCGUGGCUCCAUCACCUUCCAGAAUGUCAGCUUCAGCUAUCCCUGCCGCCCUGGCUUCGAAGUACUCAAGGACUUCACCCUGACGCUGCCCCCUGGAAAGAUUGUGGCUCUUGUGGGCCAGUCUGGAGGAGGAAAGACCACAGUCGCUUCCCUGCUGGAGCGCUUCUAUGACCCCACAGCUGGCAUGGUGACACUGGAUGGGCAUGACCUGCGUACUCUCGACCCUUCCUGGCUCCGGGGCCAGGUUAUAGGUUUCAUCAGCCAGGAGCCAGUCCUGUUUGGAACAACCAUCAUGGAGAAUAUCCGAUUUGGGAAAGUGGGAGCUUCUGAUGAAGAGGUAUAUGCAGCUGCGCGAGAAGCCAAUGCCCACGAGUUCAUCAGCAGAUUCCCUGAUGGCUACAGCACCAUGGUCGGUGAGCGGGGCACAACCUUGUCUGGUGGCCAGAAGCAACGCCUAGCCAUUGCACGUGCCCUCAUCAAGCAGCCCACCGUGUUGAUCCUGGACGAGGCCACCAGUGCACUCGAUGCAGAAUCAGAGAGGGUAGUACAGGAGGCGCUGGACCGGGCCAGUGCUGGUCGCACUGUGUUGGUCAUUGCCCACCGGCUCAGCACUGUCCGCGCAGCCCACUGCAUCGUUGUCAUGGCCAAUGGCCAGGUCUAUGAGGCUGGGACCCACGAAGAACUCCUUAAAAAAGGUGGGCUCUACGCAGAGCUUAUCCGGAGACAAGCCCUGGAUAGCCCGCUGACCUCAGCCACACCUGCAGAGAAGCCUGAAGACCCCAGGAGCUACCAACAGAAAGCCUGAGAGGCCCCCCAGGGCAGGUCACUGCCAGGCAUCAGCCUGGGGCUGGAGGCCUGCUAGAGACAGAGCCCUUGAAGGGCCAGUGUGCUGGGGUGUAGCCUACACUCCUGUUUCGUUAAAGGGACUGAGUCCAACAGCUGGGGUAGGAAGGUGGCUUUCCUCCCUCCUGCUUCUGCCAUGCUGGCUCAGUUCUGUGGUCACCGGGAUGUACACAGUGAGGCAGAGUCGCUGAGCACCUCUGCUUGACCCUCUCAGUCUGACCCAGCUCUACCCAACACUCACUCUGGGGCACUGAAAAUUCAUGGUCUGGACAGGCCCGGUAGAAUGGGCUGUAAUCUCAGUACUUGGGAGACAGAAGUAGGAGGAUCAAGAGUUCAAGGCCAUCCUGGGCUACAUAGUAAAACCCUAUCUCAAAAAAAAAAAAAAAAAAAAAAAAAGAAGAAGAAGAAAAACCUAAAUAAAUGUAAUAAAAGAAAUUUUGAAAGAGGCUGAGGCUGAAGCUUA